AUGGCACCCAAGACUGAGAUACUCUUCCUCGGCGCGACAGGCUACCUCGGUGCAGGUGUCCUCACUCGCCUCCUCAACCAUCCUAAGGCGAGCGAGUUCUCCAUCACCACGCUCGUGCGGAGCACCGAGAAGGGCGAGGCCCUCAAGAAGUACAACCCGACGCUCAAGUACGCUGUCGGAUCCCUCUUCGACAAGGCCGACUAUCCCGUUAUCGAGAACCUCGGCAAGAACGCGGACAUCGUGUUCUCUAUCGCGGACGCGGACUACUUGCCGUGGACGGUUGCGCUGCUCAAGGGAUUGAAGGCGCGCUUUGAUGCCACUGGCGUCGCCCCAAUCCUGAUCCACACGUCCGGGACGGGUAUCCUGUUGUUCACCUCUGACCCGGCGGGUAACCACUCCGAUCUCGAUCUCGCGGAUGUCAAGGCCGUCCCCCCGACUGCGCUCCACCGCAACGUUGAUCUCGCAGCCAUCGGUGCAGAUGAAGCAGGCUACGUGAAGACGUACCUCGUCUGCCCGCCGCUCAUCGCUGGCCUGGCUUCGGGUCCGUUGUAUGAUGCGGGCCUCGCGCACCGCAACUCCAUUCAAGCUCCCGCCCUUAUGCGGCCCGCGCUGGACCGGAAGCAGGCCGGAGUUGUCGGCGAUGGAAAGGGUGUUUGGGCUGCCGUGCACGUCGACGAUGUCGCGGACGCGUUCAUUCUGCUGUUCAACAAGAUCAUCGCUGGCGCACAGGGCGUGGGCCACGGCUGGGAGGGCUACUAUUACCUCGAGAACGGCGAGCUAUCGUGGAACGCCAUCGCCGGUGCGAUCGGCAAGGCGCUCGUCGAGCUCGGCGUCGGUAAGUCGCCUGAGGUGACGUCCUUCACCGCGGACGAGAUCACGAAGUAUUACAAGUCUGAGUUUGCAAGCUCGGUUGUGUCGUCGACGUGCCGCGCCAAGGGCGAGCGUGCGCGCGCUCUUGGCUGGUCGCCAAAGUACGGCGUCGCGGACAUGCUCGCUGGCCUCAAGCCUGAGUUGGAGUUUUUCUUGAAGAAAGCACAGGCAGAGGGCAAGGUUGACUUGACGCCUAACCAUGGUGUCGACGCGAUGCUUCAGCGUUUCGUAUCGUUGUCGCAAGCCUGA